CGCACUGCGCAGUGAGAUGCGAGAGUCGAACGUCAGUUUACCAGGCAGCAUGCUACCUGGGCGCUGGGCGGUACAUAUCUCUAUUAUACCGCUCGUCCUGUGAGACAAUGGUCAGACUGAAACACGCUAUCUGCUCGAUCGCUCGUUCUGCUUUCUACACACUGAGGAAUACCCGGACAAUCAUGGGCUUCUACCCGGCCGCUGGCCCCACUCUGGAGUACAUACUGUUGAUUCUGAUGACACGGGGAAUUACAGUAUCGGCAGAGGCAGUUUAUUUCACCAUGGACACCUACACAACGACAAUAGCGCAGGACUUCCCGGACCACAAGGCGAUUGCGCGGGUCUACACGCGCGUGAUCUCGGCCAACGCGAGCGUUGUCUACGCGCUGGAGGUGGUCCAGACCUCGCACACUCAUCAGGCGAGAACUUUUCAGAGCCCCGCGGACGACGGGGAGGCUCGUCAUCUCUUCACUAUCGACCAGAAAACGGGGAUUAUUUCCCUGCAGCAGUCGACCGUUACAAGGGGAAACCUGACAGGAUGGAAUUUCACUUUACAAAUUUCGGCCUGGACUCAGCGGGAAAGACUCGCAAUCAGCGACCUGGGCAGUGAACCGCUGGCCCGGGCGUUGGUUAUGGUAAACAUGGUGGCCUCACCCCUUCGCUGCGCCUGCUUCGGGGAGGCCGACUACUCGUUCCGGCUGCGAGUUAACGCUGCGAACGGUGCCUUUGGAGCCCUGUCGUUCCCACCCCGAUGCUCACACGCCAACGGUGCCUCAUUUGAAUACGCAUUUUUACCCGAAAGAAGCUCAGAUGGACUUUACAUUGAUAACCGGACCUCGGAAUUAGUUUUGAUACGCCGAUCUGGUGCCCAGCUACAGUCGAGAAAUUUAACAGUGAAGUGCACGGUGGAGGAUGCGGCAAGCGACGGUGAUCAGAAAUCAGAUACCAGACAGAUAAUGAUCCAUGUACCUGACUACAACGUCAGCGUCAGACAAAACAGGUCAAAGGGCGAUCGCGUAGAAAGAAUUUGGACGCACGACCCCAGAGUGAAGAACUUGCACACCAUUGCUGUGUCGUUGGCAGGAGAACACAAAGAUGCCUAUGGUUUCAUUGGGGCAACGAACGCGCCACCGUCGGUGGACCUUGCGCAAUCUGGAGCUAGAUUUAUUGGAGAGAUAAUAUUUAAUCAAACGUUUUCAAGGUGCUACGAGGCUCGUCACAUCCUCACGUUGGUCCUCCUUGACGGUGCUACGAGGCAGGCUGCGGCCGCCCAAGGCGUCACGAUCACCGUGGAAAUCAACCUGCUUGCGGAGAGAAACGUGCUGAACCUUACGCUGCAUCGGAACGCCAGUCUGUACACUCGCGUUGCAGUUCUGGAGUUCCCAUCCUGCCCAUCCAUGAUCCUCGAGCCUCCCACCAGCUUCCUCCAAGACGGCGGCCUGCUCCGGCUCAACCGCUCCUCGUUGUUUGUCUUCGUGGGCGACACGACGCCCCUCACCAACGAGAACCUGACGACGUAUGCAGCCGUCGCGCAGCGGCAGGUUGCGUGGGGAGGCGACAGGUUGGCAACGGAAAUGGUACUCCAUAUCGACAUUAUAGGAGAGCGCAAACCGGACUUCAGGCCGGAGUGUGAUUUGCCACAAUUCACAGCGACUUGUUCCAGGCACAACAGUCCGGGAAAAUGCGUGAACAGCUGCGGCAUCGGGGCACCGGACGGCCGCUGCAAGUGGCGCCAACAAAAAGGCCGAGCCCACACGACCAAUUUCUCUACCUGCUCUCCGGACCUCAACACCUGCCCGGACGCGGUCUGCGACAGCCUGGAGCUGUUUUACCCGCGGCUGUGCCCGCAAGACUGCAUCGUCACAACGGAACCCAACUAUGCCCACAUGAUGACGCUGAACGACAACAGAAGGGGGAUCCGAAGCGCCAUCGGUCCCUGCUCGUGUGAACUGGACGGCCAGAGGUGCAUAUGCGACAACUUCCUGGACCACCCAGUGCAGCGGCAAACUACGCAAGAUCUGCCGCCUGUAGACCACACCACAGUAGGUCUGGUUUCCUAUCCACUUCUGACAACAGUGAGCCCAAGCCGCCUGUUCUCCAAGCCCGACGACGGCAGCGCGGGAGAUGACAAGUGCACCUUCUGCGACACCCUGAUAGCGGUGAUGGUGGCCUCGCUGGUGCUGGGCGUCCUGGCACUACUCGUGUACACCCGAGUUAGCCGUGGGUCGCCUCUCCGCCGGCUCUUCUCCGGCCGUAACUACAAGCCGCCCGCGGUCAUUGAUGGGUCCGACUCGCGACUCAAUUCGGUACUGUCUGAGUGUUCUGAUGACGGCCUACAUCUUAGUAAAGGCUCGAUGACACGCCUAAAAACAGAGUUUGAUCCCAAGUGGGAGUUUCCCCGCCAGAACCUCGUCCUGGACAAAGUCCUGGGCGAGGGGGAGUUUGGCUGUGUUGUUCGGGCGCAGGCGCUGAGCAUACGGGGACACACCGGCUACACCACGGUGGCCGUCAAGAUGCUGAAAGGAUCCUACUCUGCUGACGAUCUUCAAGAUCUUAUCACGGAAAUGAACCUGUUGAAGGAUUUGAACCAUCCUAACGUCGUCAAACUUCUUGGUGCCUCGACACAAAGGGGUCCACUUUACGUCAUCGUCGAGUACUGCCAACACGGCUGCUUGCGUGACUUUCUGCGGCAGAACCGCCAGGCAGCUGCCUAUCAACAGGACGACAGUUCGCUACACGAUUACGAUAAGAUUCAAGACGAAGGCAACAGGUCCCACAUCGAGUGGAACAACCGAAAUUUGUUGUCGUUUGCGUGGCAGAUAUGUAAGGGGAUGCAAUACCUGGCAAUGCUUAAGCUCGUUCACAGAGAUCUGGCGGCGAGGAACAUCUUGGUGGCAGAGGGAAUGGUGGUCAAGGUGUCUGACUUCGGUCUGGCCCGAGAUCUUUACGAGAGCGGAACCUACGUCAAAAGGAGCAAGAGUCGAAUACCUAUGAAAUGGAUGGCGCCGGAGUCACUCUUUGAUAACAUUUAUACGACAAAAACAGACGUCUGGUCGUUCGGUGUCCUCUUCUGGGAGAUCCUGACCAUGGGUGCCAUGCCGUAUCCAGGCAUUAUGUCCCACAAACUGUGUCAGAUGGUACGACAAGGACACAGGUUGGAGCGCCCCGACGGAUGCGCGGAAGAACUGUACUCGGUAAUGCAGCAAUGCUGGCAUAGUGAUCCAAACGACCGUCCGGAUUUCGACAUGCUGGGCACCAUGUUGGAACGGAUCAUGGAAAAAGACGCCGACUAUCUAGACCUUUCGUGCUCACCGUACGGCGACUGCUCAGACGAGGAGGCUUCGGCUAGCGGUUCGGGAGACGUAAAGAGCAGCAGUUCCGUCCCUCUACUUCAGAUACCGACAUCGGACUCCCCGGGGAUUUUGCCGUUGUCCGUUUCCCUCAAGAAGGACCACCAGCUGAUGACGGACGAUCGUCACCUCAAAGAAAUAAUUGUCGAGGAAGAGACAAACGUCGACUCUGGGCCUCUGUACGGAGACAUGGACCCUUGCCGUCUCUACAGUAACAUCAACAACAAUUUCAUCGCAGAUCACCUUUGUAAGACAGUCAGUGAGCCAAACUUAAGCUCAACGGACGUCUUCCUGGAGUAACGCAGGGCUACGUGUAGAGCGAGUAGCACCACCUUCAGACUUUGGAACCAACAUGGCUGUUCAUUAUACGUGCAGUACAGCAUGCAGCUGUUGCAAGCUAAUUGUCCAUGUGCACUGACGCAUGAUCCACCGUAUUGGUUCCAACAAUAAUUGAGACACUCACGUCGCAACUCCCUCUAUAAACAGCUCUGGAGUAACGUGUUCAAGGGCGCCCUCUGUCGAUGUACUAAUAGCAGGAUCUCCAGCCGUAAUAAAUCCUUCAACUGAUUCAAUGGUAAGGCAGGUGGCCUCUAUUGUCAAAACUACAGGUCAUGACCACAAUCCGCCUAUUUUAAGGUGUAGCGGGGGCAUGCCCGUACCGUAAAUUUUUUGAAGUGUCAGCAUUAUCAAGAGUUGGGUUAAAGCGGUGUCCUGUAUGCCCAAAAAUAUUUAUGGGGAAACUAACAGAAGUUGGGGAAUUGUUUGACACGUGGCUUCCCCAAAAUGUGAACAGUAUUUCUAUCAUUGCUGGAAACUGCCUGAACAUAGUUUGGCCGUUCAGACUUUGGAUGUGCAGUUAUUCAUACGGAUCUCGUAAUGAAAUAUUUUCAAAUGCCCACUAUACAACACAAGAGGGCAGCAGAUAGCAAAUCCAUGACGGUAUAGCCACAGACAGAUAUAAACGCAUAGACCGCCGGAUCGUAUUCAAAUCUACGUGAACAUUUUGUGAUCUGCGCGGUGCCCGACUAAAAUCUAAACUCUGGGCGAAUUCAUCCCUCUGUGUAGGAUAUUUACGCACAGUUGACGAAUUCCAGCCAUAAAAUUCUGUGAAGCCAUUGUUUCCCAUGUGGAUUCCAAACAAUGCGGUUGCAGCGCUUCAAAAUAAGGGAUAACAGUAUAGGAUGGCAAAACAGGUGAACGUAUUGUGGGAGAACAUGUAAACAAAAUGAUACAGGCAAUGUAAGUGCCUCGCGUGAACGCGCUGUCAUCCAUCCUAUCAGGUUUGUGAGUGUGACGUCACUUCAGUUUAAACUACGUCCACUGCACAUGCAGUGCACAUAGAGUUACAUACAUUGAUCGCCGUUUGCAUGGAACCGGAAGUUAACGCGCACCUUCAGUAAUCGUCCAGUGAGAGUUUGCAAAUCAUGGCGCGUCUGCAUGUAUAUUGAAGUCUCUUAUACGAACUGGAUAGACCAACCCGACUAGACGCCAUUUGAAGGGCCUUUUACACUCUCGUUUAGUUCCCUGCCCAGAGAUUCCCUGACGACUCUUGAUAAAAAAAAUCUUAGCUUAGGUAUCACUCACGGAUAUAAAAGAUAUGAUGCAAGGGUCAGAGCUCACAAGUUAAGAGCCUGGGUGUUUUCGAAUUUAUUACAGUGGUGCCCCCUGUAUGUGUGGCCAUUUGCCAGUCGUCAUCAUGUCCUGAUUCUUCCUAGAUUCUCCUCUAGGGACAUUACUGAGGAGACCUUCGAUUUCAGUGUAAAGUCAAAUACUGUUGGCUCAACAGCUGCCAUUAGGACACGGGAGUUUACGUCCAACAGCUUGCCUUCCGACCGGGAAUAACCGAAAAUCAACGAAACCAUCCGAACAUACUGAAGAUAAACGGGAAUUCCUCCAGUCUUGGUCACGUAGAGAUUGGGUGAUACCGGACCCUUGAUUUGUAGAGUAGUCAGAAUCAUCGGGUCUGGUUUCCAGACUAUUUACCCUCAAGCAGCUGUCUCAACCAGAGCGCGCGCGCACUUCGGCAAUUGACUACUGCGUAUUGGUCAAGGAGGAAUUUCACACGCGCGCACCGCCUGUGUGCGAACGGAAUUGCCCCCAAUGACUUCUAAUUAUGGCCGUCGGAUUUGUCCAUUGUUUGCCCAUGCUUUUCAAAAUCACGGUCAUAAGCGCAAGACUGGCGGUCCUUGCGUUUAUAUGUCUGUGGUAUAGCCUUUGUCCAAUUAAUUUUCCUGGCUGCGGCCGGAGAUUGUUAUAAUAUGUGCGUCUAUGGAGGCUGUACAGCCACUUCACAUACAUGCAUGUGUUACAUGAACGUGUUACAUUAACUGUUAACUGAAGCCAAGGUAUUAAGACGCAGCCGGACAAAGAAUGUGCAGAUAUCCAAUGUUAUGCUUUAUUUUGCAGUUCCAGGAUAUUAUGCCUGUUACAAGUAAAACAAUAAUAAUUUAUAUCGUUGACAUCAACUUCAUAAAAAACAUCUGUUAGAGGACUGUUCAGUGUAAGUGGUUAACAAUUCUGUAUAUGAUCAAAAACAAACUCUUCGACAAAUUUGAAAAAUGUUGCCUUGAGUAAAGACGUGUUUGGCAGCUGAUUUUCUUCAAGUUAAUUUUUAACUAUUUAAGAGACAGAAUAUUUUAUUGCUGAAUAAUGUUUAUAGACAUCAAAUAUUACCGGUAGCUUUGAAAGUAUCACCCCGGCUUCAAAACAUGCGUAGCCAUUGGGAAUGGAAACACGUGUUCUUGACGCAAAUGGAAAUAAACGCGGAUUCAGCUAUGAUUCUGUCGGGAAUUUGUAACCAUAUUCGGGGAUGAUGUCGUCAGAUAUUUCAGGCUUUGGGCUCAAUUUAUCUCUGAGUGUUAUUUUAUAAUCUCCGCGGUAAGAACACAUUAAGGGUCACUGUCUUUAAUGUUACUGCCUCGUGGUUGGGCUCAUAUAAGUUAACUUUUUGUCUUGCUAUAAUUGAUCAUUCCUGUUUUGAUAGUUCGGUUUUUAAUCGGCUUUCACUUUCUUUGACACUGUGGAGAAGUUUGCUACGAACAAAUCUGAACUCUCACGAUUAUACUGUAAACUCGCGGAGGCACUGCGUUAAUAACUGUUAUAGUAAUUGGUUGUGAUAGAAUUCUUCUAGUGAUAGAAUUUUUCUAUCACCGUUGUCACGAGUAAACAAAGUAAUAUCAGCCAAUCCGACUACCCACUGCUACUUAUAAGUGAGGCCUGUGCAGUAAAAAAACCUGCAAGAACUCUUAUGCUAAUAUAUUAUCGUAGGAUGCAAUACAGUAAGCAAACUUACAAGAGAGGCUAGUCAGCGUCACGAAAAUAUGCAAGCAGAAGGUUCGAACAAGCCUCACUUACAAAUUUACUAUUGUGUUACAUCAUACGAUAAUAUAUUAGCAUCACACUUAGAGCAUGGCUAUUUUGCUCCACAUGCCUCAUUUAUAAGUAGCAGUGAGUAGUCGGAUCCGGGUGGUAAUAUUACGUUCGGUGAAAUAGAAGUGUGGUACGCGUGCCAUUAUGGAAAUCACUGUUUCAACAGGUAUCUGUUUCCGUGUGGUCCUACGGUUUGCAAGAGAGCGAGGUGUACUAAUGAAAAAAAUGUUGUCAUAUAUUUUGCUAGGCGUGGGUAUACUUCGGGAUAUUUCUACUAUUAUAUAAGAAAUAUAAAUGUAUUCAUUGUAAAUAUAAUUAUGAAUACUUAACUUUCCUGUAUAAUAAACUAUUUUAACCACAAUUAAACAAUCUAUUGACAGACUUACCGA